AUGACUCCUCGCGUUACAGCAAAAAAAGAGCCUGGAACAUUUCUUCUUCAUAUCACCAAAACAGAGCUGAGUGACACUGCAUUUUACUAUUGUGAACAACUGGUUGAACUACAAACAACAUUUCUGAAUAAAACAUUUCUGCAAGUCAAAGCACCAGAACCUGAUAUCACUGUCAUUCAAGUCCCUCCAUCUGAUCGGGUCCGUCCAGGAGACCCAGUGACUCUGCAGUGCUCAGUCCUCUCUGACUCUGAGAGGAAAACAUGUCCAGGAGGACUCGGCGUGUACUGGUUCAGAGCUGGAUCACAUGAAUCUCAUCCCAGUGUCAUUUACGCUCAUGGAAACAGUGGUGAUGAGUGUGAGGAGAGUCCUGAGGCUCGCUCUCCACACAAAUGUGUCUACAACUUCUUCAAGGACGACAUCAGCUCCUCUGAUGCUGGGACUUAUUACUGUGCUGUGGCCACAUGUGGACAGAUGUUAUUUGGAAAUGGAACAAAACUGGACGUUGAAGUUGGCAGCACGUGUGAUUCACAGAAAGGCGACACAGUUCUGUAUCUGGUGUGUGCUGCUUUGGCUUUAAGUCUGGUUCUUGUAGCCUUCCUUCUUUAUGCCAUCAGGAAAAAAUCCUGUGAUUGUUGUGACGCUGCUGUGACUCUGCAAACAAAUGCUGCAGCAGCCAGUGGUGAUCAGCAAAGUCAGCAGAGAAAUGAGUUUUCUUUGGUUUAUUAUGCAUCGGACUUCACCAGGAGGAAAGCCGGCAAAUCAGGGAGAAGAAGUGCAAGAAAGUAGGAGACAAUCUACGCUUUUGUGAUGGAUCCAUAAUCUAAACAUGGAAUAGGCUAAUUAAUGCUAAUAGACCUUUUUUGCUUGCAUCACACCCUUAAGAUAAUAAAAAAAAUUGGACAAACUCAAAUGUUUUUUGGAUAAUAUUUCUAUAUUUUGUCCAAACUGUGCAAAACACAUUAAUUUUUGAGUCCUGUUACUUCAAAAAACUAAAUUAAUCAUUAUGUUGAAAAUAAGCCUCUUGCAUUGUUCAUCCCAUAACUAUUAUAUUGUUAAUUUUUUUCUUUCUAUCAUUAAAGGUUUCCACUCUAUCUGUUAUGUAGUUACAAGCCUGUUAACAUCCUCCCAAGCCUCUAAUCUAUACAUCAAUGUGAUGCAAA